AUGACAUCGACCUCGACCCAGAAGCCGGCGCGGCCUAGCCAGCCCCCAUCUCGCCAUUCGAUCGGCGCUUCGUCCCAAUCAAAACUCAAGGCCACCAGCGCGGCACAGACUCGUCUCGGAUCUCGAGCUCAACCGCCGCCCGCUCGUGCCAAGCUCAAACAUGCUGCCACUGCUCCCGUGGUACCAGCAUUGGCAGCUCCUACUGCCUCGUCGCCCGCCCACCCGCACGCCUGUCAGCAUUGCAAUCAGAUGGACACUCGCUUCUACUGCGACCCGUGCCUCGCUUCCAGGAUCGAAGCCCACCAUAGCGAGAUGCGCAGACUUUCGCUUACUCGAGACAAAGCAAAAGCCUCAGUCGAGACAUCGCUAUUCGAUCGCAACACCACUCAAAUCAAGGCUGGAAUCCCCGCCUCUUCGUCCAAGCCAUCGCCGUCGUCAACGCCUAUUCACACCAUCAGCGAAGAAUCGCUGCCAGACCCCUUCGACAACCCCGCAGAGCCAUCAUCACACCGUCAACAACAACAUCAUCAUCUUGCUCUACACUCUUUGGUGCAAUCACGAGCCAAGCGUUCCGCGAUCAUCGAACGCGUACAGAACAUACACAGAUGCAUUUCCGAGUCGCAGCUCGCCCACCUUCAAGGCCAAGAGGUGCUCAAGGAGAAAACGGCGCACAUUGCGCUGCGCAAACAGAACCUCGCAAAAGCAUGGUCUGCACUCGAAGGUUCCUCAGCAGCAGCGCCCACAUCGGCAGCUCAGCGCUCGCGCAUGGCAGCCAAGUCUCGAUGGCUCGCGCAUCCCGCUGCCGACCACAUCGACGUCCCUCUAGUCUACACCGAUGUCUAUACCCACUACGAACGUCAACCGGACGAAUCCAGUGACGCUGCUCAACUAUCAGCUAGCGAUGCAAUCGAUCAUCAGCUGGGCGCCGUCCUCACGCGUGCUCGACUUGACCUUGCAGCGCUACAAAGCGAGGCUGCAACGGUAUCCGCCCAACUUGCCGUAACCAGAGCUGCACUCGCUCGCCAAGCUUUCGCUCUCUAUUCGGUCACUCCUCCCACCACGCCAGCGUCCACUUUGGCUUCCCUGAGAGCCCGCCACGUCGAUCUUUCAGCCAGCAAUACCGUGGCGCAGCGUAUCAGUCGACUCUCGGAAAGAUACAUGCCAGGAGCCUUUGGUCUCGGUCACGGCAGCGCAAGCACAUCUCCUGUCCACGUCGGCGAAAUGUAUCGCGAUCCAACACUUGACGCUCGCAACGCCAGACCGUCUACAUCCAAGGUAUCUGCAGCCGUGCCGCCGAGCGACUGGUCCAUCGUGUCCCUCCCUCUGCCCUUACCUGUAGAAGCGCGACGGUAUCAGCGCGAGGUCGUCAAUGGUGCCGUCACGUACGCCGCCAAUCUGCUUCAGCUCAUCGCCGCCUACCUGGGCAUCUCUUUGCCUUUCUCGAUCGAACAGCACAAGGGCAGGCUAGCCAUUCGUCCCAACCCGCUCUGGGACGGUGGCGGAGGCUCUAGUGCAAAGACGCUGCAUCUCUCGUCGAGUGCAUAUACCCAUCUUACCGCCUCUCUCUCGACUGCACCAAGAUCGUCCAAGCUUAACCAUCUCGCCGAGUCCACCUACGGCCUCGGCGCAUCUACCUUGUCGACCAUCGAAUCGUACAUCCAUCUCUCCUCCGGAACCAGCCUGCCGUGGGGCUUGUCGUCAGCCGCAGCGCAGUCCGACAAGCUCGAAGCUGACGCGGACCGCGCCGAUGCUGAAACGCGGCAGGAUCGACGUUCAGAGGCAGAUGCGCGCACGAGCUCCAAGUCCAAGCCGGAUCAAGCCGCCAAGUCGUUCGUCUCGGCUCUCGUCAUGCUUUGCUACAAUGCAGCCUACCUCGCCACAAAGCAAGGCAUUCAGCUCGACCUCGUGUCAGCAGCAGCCAACCCGCUUGACCUGUUGAGUAAGGCCAUGCAGCGAGCCGAGCUCGGUCGCCUCGCACACGCCAACCACAUUCGUGCUUCCAGCAUCCAGGACCUCAGCUUGCCCGGAUUGGACUACGAGCAGCUUGCUCAGAUUCUGGAGCCCAACAAUGCAGCCGCCGACAGCUACAAGCGCGGGUCAUCCAAGCCCGUCAAGCCCGUCAAGUUCGAUCUGACCAAGCCUGCUGCAUCCCCUCGGUCUUCCACAAAGCAUGGUAAAACAACGAAGAUGCUCGAGCAAAGCUAUGUCGAUGUAGGCGAGGCAGCAGCUUCUGUGCUCGACAUCAAGGAUCCAUCCUCGCGAGCCCAACAGCCGAGCAGCCAUCAAGCGGCUAGUAAGGACCAGACCGCAAAAAUAGCGCGCCCCUCGACCGCGACCACAAGCAGAGCGGCGGUCCGCCCAGAUGCUGUCAGUAGCCUUCAGAAGCAGCGGGUUCGUGUGGAUCAGCGCGGUCCCUCGGCAGUCACCGCACAGCCUCCUCCUUCGCUCGAGUUUUUGCGCCAGCGCGGACGCGACGCUUCCAAGGCAAAGCGUCAUCCAACGGAUGCGAAAGAUGCAAAUCAAGCACCGGCAUCCGAAUCUGUACCCGCCAAAGUCGGGCCUGGUGCCGUCAUCUUCAACGGCGUCGAGGUGGGCGUUGGCAAUCUUGCCUCGACCGACUCACAGCGCGGUGAAUCCGGUAAAAAGUCCCGCACGCAGGCAGCCGACGAAGGAUGGAGCCUCGUCUAA